GAGCCAUUUAACUUAGAGUAUGAUAUGAGCAAACUGCCACCUUCUGUUAGGACCUACGUUCUCCUGAAGGGUGUCACAGAAAAUGAAAUUUAUGAGUUCUCAGGUGCCAGAGUUGCUUAUGUGGACGAGAAGAACCAUAUUUUAAUCCAAGCUACGACUCAAAAGUCAGUGAACAUGGCUAUCAGUUUAAUUGUAGCACUGAUAAAGGAAGGGUUUGACUCAUUGCUAGUGCAGAGAACGAAAACGGAAGUUGAAACAGAACCAGGUUUGGAGAGCAAUAUACCUACGUUAGUUAAGGAAAAUAGCCAAGGAGAGACUACAACAGAACCAGCAAAGAAACCGGCAGUGGAGGAGAUUCAGUCUCAACACUUUGAGAUGGAAUAUGAGAUAAACGAUUUGCCACUCAAUGUUAGGACCCAUAUUAUGUUAAGGGGAGUCGUGGAGAACAGAGUCACUUCUGCUUCGGGUGCCAGUGUCAGGACUGAGGGUUCCUAUGUGGUGCCACAGAACAAGAAAUAUUCCAAAACAGAAACCAUUAUUUUGGUGCCAGUGUCAGGACUGAGGGUUCCUAUGUUGGUGCCACAGAACAAGAAAUAUUCCAAACAAACCAUUAUUUUG